AUGCCCGCGAGAAUCAUUAACGGCGUCGCGGCCGAGGCCUCGAGGAAACGCGCCCGACGCGCCGCCGCCGAGGAUGGCGACGACGACGAGGAGGUUGUUGAAGUGCACCAUGCGCGCUCGAAUCUGCGGCUUGAACAGCGGAAACGAGUGCGCCUCUCGGAUGUCGAUGACGAUAAGAGCGAACGCCGCGCUCGGCGGGAGUCAACCUCCUCGGGGGAUGAGGCCUCGGAGAGCGCAGAGGAGGCAGCCUCGCCGCCUCGCACGCCGCCCAAGUCCCAGUACGAGUUGAUGCGCGACAAUAACUUCGAGCACCUUCGGCAUGAGGCUGCCGACGACCAGCGCGCCACCCAGCGGCUCCGGUUCCGACCCAGUCUCCUCGGAGAGAAUACCAUCGCAGAGAACGGCAUCAUCGAGAGCGUUACUUGCGUCAACUUCAUGUGCCAUGAACGCCUCCACUGCGAACUCGGCCCUCUGCUCAAUUUCAUCGUCGGGGAGAACGGCAGCGGCAAGAGCGCCGUCCUGACAGCGAUCACGCUGUGUCUCGGCGGCAAGGCCAGCUCGACCAACCGUGGAGGCAGCCUGAAGAGCUUUGUCAAGGAAGGCUGUGACCGCGCCGUGCUCGCCGUCAAGAUCAAGAACCGGGGCCAGGACGCUUUCAAGCCCGAGAUCUAUGGCGAGUCCGUCAUCGUCGAGCGCCACUUCUCCAAGACCGGCAGCAGCGGGUUCAAGGUCAAAACCGCUCUGGGUCAGGUGUACUCGGUUAAGAAGCAAGAGGUCGACGAGCUCGUCGAGUACUACGCACUCCAGGUCGACAACCCCCUCAAUAUCCUUUCCCAGGACAACGCUCGUCAAUUCCUGAACUCGUCCACCAAAGCCCAAAAAUACAAGUUCUUCAUCGAGGGCGUCCAGCUGCAGCAGCUCGAUAACGAUUACCGGCUGAUCUCGGAAAACCUGGAGCUGAUGGUGGCCAAGGUUCCCGACCAGGAAGAACGUGUCAAGCAUGCCAAGGCUGAAUUCGACAAGGCCAAACGUCUCAGAGAGGAGCUCGAGGGCAAUCAGCAAAUCCGCCUGAAGCUCCGGACGCUGCGCAAUCAGAUGGCCUGGGCCCAGGUGGCCCAAGAAGAAGAAGAACUCCGCAGGCGAGACGACGACCUCGCCCAAGCUGCUCUCGAGCUUGCCAAUGAGAAGGUCGAGCGUGCCGCCGAGACCCUGCAACACGUCCAGGACGAGCGAUAUGAAAUUGUGCGCCGCAUCCAGGAGAAUAAGGACAGUGAGCCAGGACUCAUUCAAAAGGCGGACGACGCCAAGAAGGCGUUGGAGACGAUCGGCGACGAGCUCCUGCGAAAGCGGGGCGAGAUCAACAGCGUCGAGGCAAGAAUCAACAGCCUACAAGAGCAUCGCGGCUCGGUCUUCGAUGCGUACGAAGCCAAGCUGCUCAAGCCCGAGUGGUCGUCCAUCCUGGAGAAGACAUUCGGUAUCAACUUGAAUGCCUUCAUCGUCACCAGCAAAAGCGACGAGACGCUACUCCGCGGAAUGAUGAACCGGCUGAAUAUCCGCACCUGCCCCGUCUUCAUAUGUAGCCCGCACCCGCUUGAUCUCUCCAGCAAGGAGCCCGACCCUGAGUACGACACGAUUCUCCGGGUGCUAAAGAUCGACAACCAGAUGGUUCGCGACCAGCUCGUCAUUAACCACAUGAUCGAACAAGUGAUCCUGAUCCCCGAGCGCGCCAGAGCUGAGCAGGUCAUGUUCGACGGCGCCCCCCCACGGAACGUCAAGGCCUGCCUCUGCUUUCAUGACCGGAAGCGUGGCGAAGGCCUUCGGCUAGCCGUGAACAACAACGGCAACAUUUCGACCAGCCCGAUCCAGCCGAACCCACACCUGAGAACCAGGAUGAAGACGGACUCCGAUACGCAGAUUGCGCUCUUGAAGGAGUCCCUGCAGCAGAUCAUGGAUGAGGCUCGGUCGGUUGAUGCUGAGAAACGCCGUCUUCAUCAAGAAUCCCAACGCUGCCAAGCGGCACUCACCCAGCUCAAGACGAAGCGAAAUGAACUUGAGCUCGCCUUUCGGGCUGCGCGUGGGAAGGCUGACAACAUCCAGGCAGAACUGGACGAGUCUGUCGGUGAUGACGGGCGCUUACAAGGGUUGAAAGUACAGCUGGCCGAAUAUCAAGCGCAACUCAACCAUCAUGGUAUUCAAUACGGUAUGCUCAGUGCGGCGAAGCAAGACAAGAACAAAGAAGUGGAAGAAGCGCAGAGGAGGCUCAAAGAACAAAGACUGAAUGCGAACGACUAUGAGGAACGUCUCAAAAAGGCCGAGGCGGAACUCAAGCGAGCUAAUGACUUGCGCACCAUCUCUCUAAUCGAGAAGAACGAGAUCAUCUCGAGGGCGGCCGAGUACGCCGAGCUGAAGAGCAAGGCGGAGGCAAGACGGGCGAGGCAGCAAGCAAACGUCGAGGCCUUUGUCACGCAAGCCAAAGCCGUGAGCGAGGAGCGCUUCUACAUCCCCGAAGGCGAGACGUACGACAGCAUCCAGAAGCAGUACAACACGCUCCGCGAGCGGCUCAAAAAAGCCGAGGACAGAAGAGGGAUGACCGACCAGCAGGUGCACGAUUACUUCGCCGAGACGAAGAAGGUGUACAACAAAGUGGUCGCUGAUCUCCAGUCCAUCACGGUUGUGAACGCCCGCCUCAGAGAGACCCUCACCGUGCGUCUCGAGAAGUGGAGGAAGUUCCAGCGGUACAUCUCGUCGCAGUCGCGCGCGAACUUCAUCUACCUGCUCAGCGAGCGCGGCUUCCGCGGCAAGCUGCUGCUCGAUCAUGAGCGGAAGGCCCUGGACCUGCAAGUCGAGCCGGACCGGACCGAGAGGAGGGCGACCGGACGCAGCACCAAGACGCUGUCUGGCGGCGAGAAGUCGUUUGCGUCCAUCUGUCUCCUGCUCGCCAUCUGGGAGGCCAUGGGCUCGCCCCUGCGCUGUCUGGAUGAGUUUGAUGUCUUCAUGGACAAUGUUAACCGCGCCAUCAGCACGAACAUGCUGAUCACCGCUGCGCGUCGUUCGGUCAAUCGUCAGUAUAUCUUCAUCACACCAAAUGCCAUCGAGGGCCGCAACACUCUGGACAAGGAUGUCAAGAUUAUCCGCCUGACUGAUCCCCGCCAGCGGAGACUGGCUGACCACUGAUGUCCUUGCACCGAAUCAUGCGAUGUCUGCAUGAUGUGAAUUGCUUGAUGGUUCGGGUGGUUGUACUGUGAUCUGUACGGUAGCUGUAACGGUAAAGGGGGGAUCUGGUUGUUGUGGGCGUUGGGGAAGGAGGAGAGAGGGCGGCUAGACUUGUGUUGUCUGACACUGACCCAGCUGGGGCAUAGAGAUGUGGAUCGGCGUCGUGGGAUUCUGUCUUGCAGUGCUAUCAUACAAGCUUUAGGCGGCAUCGGAACCCUACACGUUUGUAAUAUGAUAUAAUGUACAGACAUUGUUACAGAU